CGACGGUAAUCCUCCGGCUGCGGUUCCGCUCACACGACCCUCUUCCUGCUUUGGGUCUUUGGGAUGAAUCCUGGCUCGGGUUCAGCUCUGGUCUCUUCUGGUACACAGGGCGGGUUUUUUUACAUCGUGACUGGGUUGUAAACGAUCAAUCCGAACCAAUCAUGUUGCCCUGGGUUUAGCUCCCCCCCCCCCACCCCCCGAACACGCCUCGGACGCGUGAUAGCAGUCAGUAGAUCUCACACCCGCAUACACACAAGGAAAAGAGGCACAAUGGACACCACGACGGAUGACUUCUGCCCGACACCGUCCAGAGAACUCACCCAGAACCCGCUGAAGAAAAUAUGGAUGCCCUGCAAAAACGGACUCCCGGAGAAGCCCAUCUUUCAGAGGAAGGUAUGCAUGACCAACUGUCCCACUUUAAUCGUCACAGUCGGCCUCCCAGCUCGGGGGAAGACCUACAUCUCCAAAAAACUCACUCGCUACCUCAACUGGAUCGGCGUUCCAACAAAAGAAUUUAACGUCGGGCAGUACAGACGCAAGUGUGUGAAGAUCUAUAAAUCGUUCGAGUUCUUCCGCCCGGACAACGAGGAAGGACUGAAAAUUAGGAAGCAGUGCGCAUCGGCAGCUCUUAACGACGUUCAUCGGUAUCUCACUGAGGACGGGGGACAAGUGGCGGUAUUCGAUGCGACGAAUACCACGAGAGACCGGAGAGAGACCAUUGUUCGAUUUGCUGAACAGAACGGAUUUAAGGUUUUCUUUGUGGAGUCUGUAUGUGAAGACCCUGACGUUAUCGCUGAAAACAUUGUCCAAGUGAAGCUCGGCAGCCCGGACUACAUAGACUGUAACACCGAGCAGGCCGUGGAGGACUUUGUGAAGAGGAUCAAAUGCUAUGAGAACACCUACCAGCCUCUGGACGAGGUCCUGGACAGAGAGUUGUCCUUCAUUAAGAUCAUCGAUGUGGGUCGAAGGUACCUGGUGAACCGAGUCCAGGAUCAUAUCCAGAGCCGAAUCGUGUAUUACCUCAUGAACAUCCACAUCACACCGCGCUCCAUCUACCUGUGCCGGCACGGCGAGAGCGAACUCAACGUCAAAGGGCGGAUCGGAGGCGACUCGGGUCUCACCACCAGGGGGAAGGAGUUUGCUCGCUUUUUGAAACAGUUCCUCCACUCACAAGACAUCAGCGAUCUCAAGGUGUGGACAAGUCAGAUGAAGAGAACGAUUCAGACUGCUGAGGCUCUGGGCGUGCCGUACGAACAGUGGAAGGCUCUCAACGAGAUCGAUGCUGGUGUGUGCGAGGAGCUGAUGUAUGAGGAGAUUCAGCAGAAGCUUCCUCUGGAGUUUGCGCUGCGUGACCAGGACAAGUAUCGCUACAGAUAUCCCAAAGGAGAGUCUUACGAAGAUCUGGUGCAGCGGCUCGAACCCGUCAUCAUGGAGCUGGAGCGGCAGGAGAACAUCCUGGUCAUCUGCCACCAAGCGGUCAUGCGCUGUCUGCUGGCUUACUUCCUGGAUAAAUCAGCGGAGGAGCUGCCGUACCUGAAGUGCCCCUUACACACAGUGCUGAAGCUCACGCCAGUGGCUUACGGCUGCAAAGUGGAGUCCAUCUAUCUGAAAGUGGAAGCGGUGAACACCCACAGAGAAAGACCAGAGAAUGUAAACGUGCAUCGGACCACAGAGGACGCCCUGUGCACUAUCCCACCUCACCUCUGACCUCAUCUGUUCGGCCCUUCUCUCCUGUGCGUCACCUCACCCUUUCUACAGGAGUCCCCUGUCCUCCAGGCAUCGCGUCCCAACAGGACCCUGAGUUUCGCGUAAUGGAGACGUCAUUUCUCCCCCUGGGGUUCAGAGUCUAGACUUUACACUCUGAUAAUAAAGUAAUGUUCAUUAGAUAUGAGCCGAUCACCGGUUCCCUGUAACAUCAGUUCUGGGAUUGUUAAUAAGAUUUGCUUUUGUUCCUCUAGAACCGAUCGAAUCAAUUCACACAGUUAUCUCGUUAAGAAAAGGGGCGUGGCCUCUGACUACAGGAGCGUCUCAGCAGCGGCUUUUAAACAACAAUCUUUAUGUACUGCGUGUGGAGUGUGUGAUUUACUGUAGAUGUGAAUUUUAGAGCAUUUGAGUAGAGUGAAAGCGAAACGGAAUCGGGUUUGGUUCACUCCUAAAGCAAACUUUAACAGUAAGCGCUAUUUUUGUGCGCUACACGUUUGCACAUCGUGCGUUUUACAGCAGAAAACCCAUCAAUACACGUGGCCUGGUUGGGUCUAGACUACAUUUGGGGUAGAGAGAGGUGUCUUUUGUAAACACACUAACAGUUAUAUAUAUAUAAUUUUUUAUCACGGUUUUAUCAGGUUGUCUGUGAGUAUCAUUGCAGGCCGAACAGGACAAACAUUUUCCAACCAGAUUGACAACAAAUAAAUUCUGAUUGCAUCUA